CACCGCUCCUUAGCAACCGCUCCGUCUGCAAUGCUGAAGAGUGGCGAGAUUUUGCCUCAUUUUUCUAAGCCGACGGGACAGGUGCAGGCUAAGCCUCUGUCUUCACUUUUAGUAGGAUUGCCAGAUAUAAGACAAAUAAAAAUUAAAGACUUGGGGAUCAAAAAGCGGAUCACACUGAAAGGAAUUCCUAUUUUUCUUGCAUAUCUAUGAAUAUUGGAGCUGGAGGGCACUGAAGAGCGCAUAACUCGUGUGUAUUGAACACAAUAAAAGGAAGGAACCUUGCGGUCCGGGAGUUAUCCAGUUUUUCAUGAAAAUUAAAUAACUAUAACCUACGGUUUAUAAAGAAAUAGGCGUCACAUACUGUACCCAAAGCUCAACAUUUAAUGGAGGCUGAUUUGUUGAAAGAACAAGCUGCAAGCCAAAACAAAAGGUUUCGCAAUUAUUUUGGAUAGAGCACAAAGAUCAUAGACAAUACAAGGACUCGCUAAGGAGUGUUUUAUUGAAGAAAACCCCAUGAUGAUUUUGACUUUUAUUUAGUCCCAGCAUUAGUCCAUUAUUGUAUCAUUGAAUUGACAGAAGUCCGCUAAGUCAGUGCAGUGGUGCUUUAUCCCCCCUGCAAAAAGAAAGACAUGAGUUGCUUCUGUGCGCCCCAGGAGGAGUUUUAUUGUGAAGUUUUACUGUUGGAUGAAACCAAAUUGACGUUAACCACUCAACAACAAGGAAUAAAGAAGUCCACUAAGGGGUCGGUGGUGCUGGACUUUGUGUUCAACCAUGUGAACCUGGCAGAGACAGACUACUUCGGGCUGCGCUACUGUGACCGCAGCCACCAGACGUAUUGGCUUGACCCCUCAAAAACCCUUUCAGAACACAAAGAUUUAAUAACGACGGGGCCUCCAUACACACUCUAUUUUGGGGUCAAGUUUUAUGCUGAGGAUCCCUGCAAGCUAAAAGAAGAAAUAACAAGGUACCAAUUCUUCCUGCAGGUAAAGCAAGAUGUACUACAAGGCAGAAUUCCCUGUCCCCUUGAUAUCAGCGCACAGCUGGCAGCUCUGGCCAUACAGUCUGAACUUGGCGACUACGACCCGUACAAACAUGCGUCAGGCUACGUGUCAGAGUACCGUUUCGUCCCGGACCAGAAAGAGGAACUGGAAGAUGCCAUCGAGACGAUUCACAAAACCGUAACUGGUCAGGUUCCCUCCGAGGCUGAAGCCAAUUAUUUAGGGAUAGCUAAAACACUGGAUAUGUAUGGAGUCGACCUUCACCCUGUGUUCGGAGAGAAUCAGUCUGAAUACUUCCUGGGGCUGACACCUAUUGGAGUUGUUGUUUACAAAAACAAAGCACAGGUUGGGAAGUAUUUCUGGCCAAGGAUAACUAAAGUGCAUUUUAAGGAAACACAAUUUGAGCUUCGAGUUGUUGGAAAAGAUUGUACAGAGACGUCGUUCUUCUUCGAGGCACCCAAUAAGACGGCCUGUAAACAUCUGUGGAAGUGCUGCGUAGAACACCACACUUUCUUUAGAAUGCCAGAAAAUGAUUCCAACACACUUACAAGAAAACUAUCCAAAUUUGGUUCCCUGGGAUCUAAACAUCGGUACAGUGGUAAGACAGCUAUGCAGAUGGGCAGGGAUCCGUCUAUCAGUCUGCCCCGGCCAGACCUGCAGGUGGUCAGGACCCGCAGCAAGACCUACCCCAAGAGACCACCACAGACCACAGGACUGAACAAUGGGAAUCGGUCAAACACAAAGACGGAGAAUUCGGAAAAAGAAGGAACGGCUAAGAUUACAGCACUGUCGCCUGUGAAGAGCGCCAAAGUAACCAAGGCGGAGAAUGGUGGUCCAGAGGAACAGCGAGGGAAGCCCAAUGCACCAUGGGAUGAGAACGCCCCACAAAGUGGACUGUACAACACGGCCAACGAGCGAACAAAGUCGCCUAAAUUUCCCACGGCUCGUGGACGCACCCCGUCAGGAGGCAGCGAGAACGAGCCGUCCCAGAACAGACGCAGGAAAGGCCAGGCCAGUGAUCCAACAGAUCCGCAGCAGCAGAACAAACAGCAAAGGAGAAGGUCACGUUCCCGUGGCAACACCAGUAGUGGCAGCGAGUCUGAGAACUCCACCCGGGAUCAUCGUAAAAAGAGGAACCGGUCUCGUCAAGAGAAUGAGAUGGUGGACUCUGGUCCUCAGUGGGAAGCUGUGCUCCGCCGUCAGAAGGAGAGGUCUCAGAACGACCCAAGCCACCGCCGCUCACGACACCGCUCUCGAUCGCGGAGUCCAGACGUGCAGGCUAAGGAACAACUGUGGAAACACAUCCAGAAGGAGCUGGUGGACCCGGCUCCAGACCUCACAGAGGAUCAGCUGAAGGAGAUCCCCUACAAGAAAGUGGAAACCCAAGGAGACCCAAUAAAAAUCCGGCACUCUCAUUCUCCCCGGAGCUUCCGUCAGUACCGGCGCUCCCAGUGCUCCGAAGGGGAGAGAUCCGUGCUCUCUGAGGUCAACGCCCGGACAGAUCUUGUGCCCCCAUUACCUGUGACACGAACAGCAGACAUCCCAGGUUCCAGCUCCACCCCCUCUCAGAAGAAGCACGGAUCCAGAGACACCCUGCUCUCAGAGAUCAUAGAGCAUGAUGUGAAGAGCAGCGCUAAGGUGGUGAAGACUGUCCACUCUCCCAGGACCAAGGUUGAGACGUGACCUGGCCAAAACACAACCCCCCACCGCAGAAACCAUGCCACAAUCUCCCACCAACACAAAACGUCAAGACCACCCUGAUUUCUUGAAAGAAAAAAAGAACUUGUGAAAUACAAUGGAGGGAGCUGUAUAGAGUACAAUGGCUGUACAGUGCGCUAGUGACAAGCCCCACCUUGAAAUACUCCUGUGUGUUUAUGUACAGUAACGUUAUGUGUUAGAUAAUGCAUGGACAAAAAUGUCACUGGUCUAUGUGCCAGUAUGCUCUGCUGUCUUUUGGACCACACCACACUGGAAACCCUGUACAGUAUCUUCACAUCAUUUAUACAAGCACAUUUCAGGCUUAAGUCCCUGUUGAGUAAGCCAGAUCUCAGAUCUGUUUGUGCUGAAUAGCCAACUCCACAACUACCAUAGGCUAUACAGCACAAACAGAUCUGAGAUCUGGCUCGUCCUGAGUGGGGGAAAAUAUACUGUAUCUACAGUUAGUCUGUCUAGAGCAAGUCAUGCAACUACUCUCUUUGUCACCUGUUCAUGCAUGUAGCAACAACAGUUGCUAAUUAAGCGGCGAAACCUUUUCAGUUAUUUUAAACUCGGAUAAGUGUUUUAUAAUAAAACACAUAUUCAGUUAUUUUAACACUGAUAAGAGUUCUACAAUAAAACUGAAUUUCUGAUUUUUUGGGUUUGUUAGCACAUUGAUUUCAGUCCAAUGCUCACAUGAAGGCUGAGGAUGAGACUAUGAAUUGCGUAGCGAACACUGCACGGUGAGGUCCGACUGCAAUCAAAUCAUGUUUUCCUAUGCAUUUGCCUCCGAUUUGGUUUGUGUUAUUAUAAUACAACACAGUAUUAAAACAGUGUUUCACUCAUACAUGUUGAGCUCCAUAUGGACACUGAGUGUGCGUCUGAAAUGGCACCCUAUUCCAUAUAUAGUGCACUCCUUUUGACCAGACCCUUAUGGGCCCUGGUAAAACAAUGAUUUACUAUAGGGGAGAGGGUGCCAUUUCAGAUACAGACUGGGUUAUUAUAUUGUCAAGUCAGGUGUGUUUACUGUAAGUGUUCUCUACUGUAGGAACCUUUGCUGCUGGAUCCCAUUUUGUUUUGUUCAUGAGUACUGAAUAACUUUUGUAUUUCUCUGCUGUUUUAAGGUAAAAAAAAAAAAAAAAAAGUAACUUAGAACUGUGUAGCUACACUGUACAGUUGUUAAACUGGAAUUUCAGUCCUUUUCAAUAAAUACAUUCAAUAUGUCUCAAACAUCA